UUUAGAUCACCGAUAUUCACUAAAUUCAAGCCAUUCGAGCCAUGUUGACUUACCUGGAGCGUCGUCCCUAUUGGUGACAUUAAGCAGGUUCGAUUCACGGCCUAGCCCCAUCUGAGUAUUUUGCUUCAUGGGGAAUGGAGAACUGGCUCCUCUCGAUGGUAGCGAUGGUCGAAAAGAGGAUCUUGUAAUGGGUGAUAAUUGUGCAGAUUUGUCAUUGCUUGACUGAGACCAGUGUUCGCUAGAAUCUGUAGAGGCAGAAUCCCUUGCGUACGUGUACGGAUCUGGCCGCGUGUUGACGGAUUCGUCUUUGGUAAACGGCCGACUUAAAGGUAGCCGCGGAGACGGUAAUGAUCCUUGGCGACGCUGUGUAUAGCCUGCUGGUGGGGGUAACACCGAGCGAAGUUCUCGUAUACUUGAUCCUGUUUCUCCUGUUGAACUAUAGGCUGAAUCGUUCCAUGGACUGUGCUGAGUAUUGUGAGUAUAUUGAGAUUGCGAAGUUUGAUAAUUUGGCCGUCGCGGUGGUGGUGCCUGUUCGUAAAAAGUGCUUCUACUAUUUGACGAGUCGGAUGAACCUAAACAUGCAUGAAAAGUAAAAGAUGGGAUGAGUUAUCGUAAAAAGUG